CGACACAGAGAGAGAUGAGAUGAUAUUUAUUGUGCCGCCAUGGAUUUUCUCAUGCUCUGUUUCUUACUUUCUAGAGGAGAACGGAUAAGGUUUUUCUUUCAAUCCCAGCGGAUAGUUCUCCGUCCCUUAUCGGCUCGUAGAAAGAAGCAGAUAGUCUUGAAGAUCAGCAACCAAGCCUCUGCAGACGCCGGGAGAUCGAGAGACGCGACAAAUUUGAAACUUUACUCCAUUAGUGGUCCUGAUGAUAAUAAAGGGUAUAUUUAGGAGAUACGAAAGGUGGAAUCCUGUUCACCCUACUCAUGGAGCAUUUUGGGGCAUGGGAAUAGGAAUCGGAUGUGGGGUUGGAUGGGGACCCGGGUUUGGCCCUGAGGUGAUCGGUUAUGUUGGAGCGGGCUGUGGUGUCGGUUUCAGCGUCGGUAUCACUCUUGCCGGUGUUGGCAUUGGUCUUCCGGCCAAUUUUCUUUUUGCACUUCCUUAUAACACUGUAGAAGCAACCAGAAAGGGUGCUAUCGAGAUGUUUGGCGGAUCCAGUAAUUCCCCUUUCUUGAAAAAUCUCUCGACGGAUGGUUGGACUGAUGUUCACCCUCAAGUUGCUGCCUUGCAGAGGCAACUUGGCGAGAUAUGCUCUGGUUUUAGCAAAAAGCCUCUCCUGAAUAAUGAGAUUGACAUUAAGAAUGUGCCCAUGUUUAUUUCGCGUGAAUGUGGAAGAUUUGGCCAUCUCCUUCUCCCCUCAUGCAAAGGUUAGACAACAGGCAUGGGGGAAACCCUUCAGCUAACUCAUGUGACCUGCCAUGAGGAUGUUAAGCAUCAUCUGAUGAGACUUACCAUGCUUUUGAUAUCCUCCUCUCCAUUUUCAAUUUUUGCCCUUUUCUUUGUUUUUGUGUAUAGUUAGUUCUGUUGUCGUGGUGUAGCAUCGAUGUACAAGAAAUGGAAAAGGGCAAUGUUAUCAAGCUUUGAUUGUCA